ACUAAAACUCCACAGCUGGACAACAUGAAAAUUCUCAAGAAAUUGCUGUACCCCAGUGAAGAGCUGGUGAUUGGCACGACCAAGAAAAAGGUAAAUAUUGAAGUACUAAGGAGAAAGCACGUGAUACUGCUCAUAUCCGGGCUUGAUAUCCACCAGGAUGAAAUUAUAAUUCUCAGUCAUUAUCAAGCUGAGUUAGCUGACCCGUUGGUGAGGCAAGGUCAGGAGAUGCAUUACGAAAUGGUGUGGCUCCCAAUUGUGGACAAUGCUGCAAAAGACCAAUAUUCCCCUGAGGAGAAUCGUCGUGAUUUUGAGCGUCUGCAGGCAAUGAUGAUAUGGUAUACAGUGCUCGAUCCUUUUGCCAUCGAACCAGCAGUCAUUGAGUUUGUCAAGAACAUCUGGCAUUUUGAGAAAAGGCCAAUUGCAGUUUCUUUGGAUCCACAAGGAAGGGUGGCCUCCGAGAAUGCACUUCCCAUGAUGUGGAUUUGGGGGAAUCUUCCCUUCCCUUUCAGUAAGGAGAGAGAGGAAGCUUUAUGGAAGUCAGCGUAUGCUACUUGGAGACUUGAGCUACUUGUUGAUUCCAUUGAUCCAAGGAUAAUAAACUGGAUGACAAAAGAGAAUACUUUCAUAUGCUUGUAUGGAGGUGAUGACAUUGAGUGGAUCCGGAAAUUCACAACAGAAGCAAAAGCUGUUGCCAAGAAUGCUCAAAUCACUCUAGAACUGUUUUAUGUGGGAAAGAGCCAUGUAGCAAGGGAGAGGAUGAGGAAAAUCACUGAAAUAAUCGCCAAAGAUCAGCUUAGUGAUUGCUGGACAGGAACAGAACUGACAUAUCAGUGGUACUUUUGGGUAAGGCUAGAGAGCAUGUUGUACUCAAAACUACAGAGUAACAAGACAGCCGAGAAUGAUGCGGUAAUGAAGGAGCUCACGACUGUGUAUAGCUUCAAUGGUGGGGAGCAAGGAUGGGCAGUAGUGUGCAGAUCAUUAAGUGAUGAAAUGGCGACAGGGAAUGGAGAGAUUGUUCUGAAAAGCCUGCAAGAGUUCGAAAAAUGGAAAGAAGAGGCUGCGAAUAAUCGGUUUGUGCAAGCACUCAGAGAACAUAUGGAGAAGCUUCACACACCAGAACACUGCACCCGCCUCAUCCUUCCUGGGACGACAAGUACUUGGGGCCUCCCUCCAGAUACGAAGGUCGUUUGUGCAGUUUGUCUCCGUCCUAUGGAGAGGUACUUGUUGUACCGCUGCUGUACCGAUUAGGUCACGUACGUGCAUGGUUGACUUCAUGAGCAUGCAUACGUACGUACGUAAGAUGAUUCAUGACCCGGCCCCUACGUACAAGAAAAAAAAUAAACCUAGUAUUUUAUAUAUAGUAUUCUUGUAAGGAUUGAUAUAUAUAUGUCUCGUACGUGUGUGUGCGCGUACGUGAUCUGGGACCCAUGCUAGGGCAGUACGUUUGAGCCUGUUGCUAGUUAUAAUAAAGUGUUUGCUUUUAGGAGUUUGCUUUCAGUUA